AUGGCAUGGUUGCCUCGCAGUGAGCUCGUUGCCGCGAUUCUACUCGCUGCCAUCGUAGCUGGCACUCUCUGCGUUUCGGGGCAAACUAACAACCCGUUAGGCGAGGUGCUGGGGGCGUUGGCAUCGGAGUGGGGCAACGAGGACCUAGCAUCCAUCACAUGCCAGGACUCCCCGGAUAUCCUCACCUGCAACGACCAGGACCAAGUGGUUGCCUUGCAGCUGAAUGGAGUCGCCAACGACCCACUGGUCACCAUACCUGCGCACAUAGGCAACCUCACUACCCUCACCUACCUGAGCAUGGUGGACAACUCGCUCACUGGCUCUGUGCCAGAAUCAUUCAGCAAGCUCGUUCUGCUGCAGGCUUUAGAUGUGAGCAACAACUUGAUAACACAGCCCCUCAAUGCUAUCAUGACCCUCACUUCCCUCACCUACCUGAAUAUGAGUAAUAAUUUCAUCAGCGCACCACUGCCGCCAGGAAUGAGCAACCUGCUAUCGCUCGAGUACCUGGACUUGAUGAGCAACAGCCUGGACAAGGUGCAGGCCCUCUCCUCCCUCACCAACCUCAAAUACCUGAGAUUGGAAGAAUGCUGGAUAGAACCUGCACCUCUAACGAUUUUCGCCCCGCUGGUGGCGUUGCAUUACUUGAAUUUGUUUAACAACUCGUUUGAAGGCUCUCUUUCUGGCCUUACAUCACUCUCUCGCCUCGAACACCUGGACUUGGCGGACAAUUACAUAGGACCCAACAUACCAUCCACUUUAUCCCAGCUCUCCGGGCUCUCUUACCUCGAUCUUUCGCUCAAUAGUCUGAGUGGCCCCAUCGACCCCAUCACAUCUCUCACUGCACUGCAAGUCCUGGUACUAUACACCAACCCUCUCUCGGGCUCUUUUCCUGAGUCCAUCUCACGACUGUCUCGGCUUACUUUUCUGGAGAUCAGCGGGACCAACUUCACAGCCACCCUUCCCGCAUCCCUUGGCCAGAUGACCACUCUCAGACAUUUGGGCUUGGAUCGCACAACAAUGGUGGGGUCGCUGCCUGCAUCCCUGGGCAACCUCACGCGUCUUACUCAGCUUUUGUUCGAGCCUCUGAGUAAAACGGUGGGCCCCAGGUGUGGCAAGGAAGGAGCGUGCGUGGUGAAUCAGAGUGCCUUCACGGCCUUCUGUGCCGCUUGCCCUGACUUCUGUCUGACCUGCACGCUCCCGGGCCUCUGCACCGGUUGCAAAGUUUCUGAACCCCUGCAAGAGCUACCUGCAGGAAGCAACAGCAGCGGCAGCAGCGGCGGCGGCGGCAGCAGCGGCUUGUCUACGGGAGCGAUCAUAGGCAUCGUGUGUGGGGUGGUGGUGCUGCUGCUCGCACUGCUGCUCGCCAUUCUCUUCUUUCUCUUCAGGAGGAAGAAGGUAUCUCGCUUCGGUGCGCUGGCCAAGGGCAUGUGCGUGGAGUAUACAAUGAAGGAGAUGCAGCAGGCCACCAACAACUGGUCGGAGGAGAACCUGCUGGGGUCGGGGGGCUAUGGCGACGUGUACAAAGGCGUGUCUCCCGACGAUGGCACCACGCUGUGGGCUGUGAAGCGCGCCAAAGUGAUCACCAACGACUUCCAGCGGGAGGUGAGCGAGAUGGCAUCAAAGCACCACCCCAACCUAGUGCGGCUGUUGGGCUACGCCACAUGUGGUGACCUGCGGGGACGCAUUGAGCAGAUUCUCGUCUACGAGUUCAUCUCCAAUGGGGAUCUGCACAAAUGGCUCGGUUCAGAUGCUCCCUCGCCCCUCACGUUGAGGCAGCGGCUGGAUGUGAUAGUGGGAGCAGCGCGCGGGUUUGAGUACCUGCAUGGCUUUGACAUCGUACAUCGCGACAUCAAGCCCGCCAAUAUCCUGCUGGAUAGCAACAUGCAGCCCAAGGUGGCUGACUUUGGUCUCGUGCGAGUGGAGGGGGGUACCACAGUGCAAGCCACGCGAGUGAUGGGCACACCGGGCUUUGUGGACCCGGCUUACUCCCACACACACAAGGCCACUCCUGCGACUGACGUGUACAGUUUUGGUGUUCUCAUGUUGGUAGUGAUCACGGGCCGGCAUGCCACCUUCGACGAGGACAGCCUUUUAUGGAACAUUCUUGACUGGGUCCAGGAGAAGCUCAGCCAGGGGGCAAUGGAUGAAAUCGCAGAUCCUCGCAUGGGCCCCGCUCCUCCAGACGCCCUGCAGCGCAUGGCAGACCUGGCGGUGCGCUGCACGGCCACCUUCACUGCUGACCGCCCCUCCAUGGGCCGCAUCGCCCAGGAGAUGGAGGCUCUACGGGCCGAGGUGUGCGGUGGCGAGGAGGAGGUGAAUAAAUCUUACAAGAAGGUGGAUGCUGAGUUAAGGGAGAAGAUGCAGCAUCAGAGUCUGAUUAAUGAGGACAAUUUGAACGAUGCACUUGAGUCGAUUCCGUCAUCGAGAGUAGGUGAUGCAGGAGGGACAUGGGGAGUGUGA